UCUUGUCUGUCACGUCAAUUUCUUAACCACUCAAGCGUUCGCGUGCGACACCUGUCAACGCCUUGUACGUUCACGCGCUCGAUCCGUGUUGAACCGCGUCGAGCGCGCCAUGCCGUUACCGAUUUAAAGUGUAUUUUCUAGCAAACUAUUGCAGCUAUAGCAAAGUAAAAUAUACCAGUAUAAAGCUGAAUUAUUAAGGAAUCAAAAUAUGUACUAAUUAAAGUACAGAAAUCAAUCACAAAUGCAUAAAAAAAAGUUGAACUUAACAGAACGGGCUAAAUUCAAGUAAAAUAUUUGUUUUAACAAGUUUUAACUAAACGUUAUUUAACUUUUUUCAUUGAUUUAUACUCAUUAUUAAACUAGAUUAAAUAAGCUUUUUUUUGAUACCAAUAUUAUAUAUACUUGGAAUGAACAGUGUAGCACAUUAAACCAAAACAAACAAGGCAUUCCCGCAGCAAUCUGUUAUCGCCUCGGAUGACGAAAUGACGAUAAAAACGUUAAAUCGUAACUAUUUCCGUUUCUUUUUUCCGCAUAAUUUUUUUAUACGUUAAUUAUGACCUAUUCUCUUACUUACAAGAAGAAUUUUAUUAAAAUAUAGAAUAUUUCACACAAAAACUUAACGAAAAACUGGCACACAAAGGCAGUUUUCGCAUGUCGACUUUAUUUAAAUGUAAAGACAACCUAUCAAAUUUUGGAUUGAUAGCACUUAUUAAUAUUUUGAAAGAAUGAAUCUUGAGGAUUAUUUUAAUAUAUAACACUAAUACAGUAGGAUGAUAAAUAAAUGAAUACUUUAAAUUUUAAAUGCAGAGUUCCUAAACACUUCACAAAACUUGACACACAGUUUGUAAACAAUUAUUUUUUAUAUUUUUGCUGUACCUGGCAUACUGUUUUACCGACCCAUAGAUGCGUUAUUUAAUACAGAUCCAUCUAGUGUAACAUUCGUAAAGCUCUUUGAAACUUGUCAUAGAUAAAAAUUCGUUUAAAGUGAACAAGUCAAAGAGGCUGCUAUAGUCGCCCGGACGCUUAACGCCAAAAAUUUUUGGGCGACUAUAGUCGCCCGGACGCUUGAGUGGUUAAAUGCGUGCAACAAACCAAAAAUUUUGUAAAUAUCUGAAAAAUACAGAUAUUAUGGUAUUUCUAUGUUAAUGAAGAUAAGUGUCGAGAACUGUUGAUGUAAAAACUAUAGAUGUAGUCAUGGCUUACACGGAAAAAGUGUUAUUAAGCGGCACGGCUCUGUCAUUUCUGUUUUAUGAAUGUGUAAACUCUUCAAAUAGUCAGGAAGGUUUUUUGAUUGGCGACGUGACUUCAGAAAUAACAAAUCAUAUUUCCGACUCGCAAAGCGAUAAUGCUCGCUUAGAUACUCAAAUCGAAAUCAGGACGGUAUUGCCGCUCCCGGCAGUAUCACUAUUUUACUUCCCCACAGGGAGGAUAAAGGAAGAUGUACUCUCAGAUAUGCUCUCAAGCACUGCCAAUGAAAUUGUAGGUUGGUACAAAUAUCGCAAGAACACCAACAUCAAACCAACUUUCAGAGAUAAAUUAAUAUCAAAAGGGUUACAAAAAUACUUUGAAAAGUAUCAUGGGAAGAAAAACUUUGUUACUUGUAAUUUGUCAAAUAAAUCAUCAUCUGCUGGAUCUACACAUACUUUUAUGUACAGAUUUGGAAAAAUCAAUUGUUUCGAUAUGUAUGAAUACGUUGAGGAUAUAACUGCAAACUUAGGUGAAAAAUAUACAGGCUACAAGAAAUCCCAUAGAUUGUCACCACACAGUAUUUUCAAUAAGAUUGUGAGAGAAAGCAAUGUUCAGAGUAAUGACACAAGCAAUGCUAUAUUACGCAUUCAGGAAGCAGUUGACUUGAGACUUGUGAAGGAAGCUAAAGCUGCUGCUAAAAAUGAAUGCACUAUCAGGGAACUGGAGGCAGAGAUAAAGCAAAUGGCAACUAUUUUGUCAGACAAACAUUCAUUUGAAUUGCAAUCAGCAUAUAAUAAAUAUGUUGAGGAAAAAAUUAUGAACCGUGAAACUGAAAUGGCCAGGGCUUGUUUAGAGGCACUGACAACUCCUUUAAAAGUGGAAAUAUUGAAUGUUAAAAAUGCUCCUGUAAACAGUAAUCAUACAGACUCGGAGGAUUCAGUGCAGUUAAUUGAAAAUGAUGUUAAAGAGACCAGUCCUAGCCCUCCCUUGAUAUCCUCAAGCUCGUCAAAGCCAGUGCUUAAUUAUGCAGCUGCAUUAAAAACCAAAAACGAAGUAGCAACAACAAGUAAGGCCAAUCAUCACAGUGAUGAUUUGAUCACCUUUGAUGUUGAUGACAACCAUAUGAAAAAGACUUUGAUAAUAAGUGAAGAUGUAAAGUGUGGUGAUAGUUCACCAGAAUAUUAAAAGUGCCUUUUUUAGCUAUGUUUCUAUAUAUUUAAUAAGUUACCAUAAGUAAAUCUUUUAAUUUUAAUAUCUUUACAGUUUGUUGCUAACCUAUAAUACUCAUAAAACAUUUCUAAAUAUUAUAAAUAUAUACCUACUUAAUUUCCUUCAGUGCACAUUGUGUUUUUGCAUACAUCACCAUAUCAGUGUUCCAAUUUCUUUUUACCUAUAUAAUUAAUAUUUUUGUGCAAUUAUUUCUACAUUUAACUAAGUUAAUUUUCAACAGUUAGCUGAAAGAGUUACAAACGCUAUAUGAAUCGAUUUCUAGUUAUCAUUAUUGUUUUGCCUUAAUUCUUACUGAUAGGAAUCAAUACAAAUGUAAAUAAAUUAA